CUUCUGCGCCACACACAUAUUCGAGAAGUGCGUGGUGGAGCAGCGCGGGAUCGAUCAACCAAGCUGCAAUGCACCCCAGAUUCUCCGCAUUUUUGUCCGCCGGUUGAAUUGGUUUGAAUAGCCUCAAUCCGAUGUGGGGUGACCUGGAUCAGUCCUGAACUUACAAACUCUCGACAUGCCUGUCGCUCCUGCGCCACUCGUCCCCGGUUGCCGAUCCAUAUUCUCGGGUCAACGAUGCGCGAAUGGUCCAGCAUGACAACGAUCCGGUGCCCCGGUACUGGACUAUUGGGAUGAGCAGUCCUUGCGGGUAUACUGUCCUACGAACAUCAAUAUCUUCUGUCUCGUGUGCCCGAGCGAAUACUUCUCAUGACCGUCGAUGUCGUAGAUCUUUUUUCACUCUAUACUAAUUCACGCCCUUGCAUCGACAUCGAUAGUGGCCUGCUUCACUGCUACUUAUCUGUCUGGGCCCAAAACCAUUCCUUACGCUGGACAAUAGCUGCUGAGAGGAUAGCAAGUAAAGUGCGUUCUUCUCUUCUGACCUUCAUCGUGUCAAAAUUCAAGGGCAGAUAUAUUCGCCAUGCGUAGUCUCGGGCUGCUAUUGUUUCUCCUGGACCUUGCCUUAGCCAAGCACGCAUCAACCAUACAAAGACAAGCAGUGGUUCAAACGUUCAAUGUUCGUCGAAAUGCGAGUUCAAGCACAACGCCGUUGCAAGUUGGGAAUGGCAACUUUGCUUUUGGCGUAGAUGUGACGGGCCUCCAGACCUUCAAGCCUUUUGCGACCAUGUCCACCUGGGGCUGGCAUAAUUUCUCCUUACCAAUAACUCCCAAUCAGACUUCUGUAGACGACUACACUGGGCUGGACUGGUGGACGCCACCACUGGACCUCUCUGAUGACGGACGGCUCGUUAAUUACGCGCAGCCGAAUCCUGCCGAGAACGAUAUAUCGACUUGGCUGAUCCAGAACCCCCAGAGGCUCAACCUCGGUAACGUAGGAUUCUGGUUCGGCGGCGACAACGUCACCGAAAAUGAUCUCGAGGAUAAAGCACAAGUCCUGGACUUGUGGUCCGGGACGAUAUAUUCGAAUUUUACGUAUAACGGAAGCAAAGUCAUGGUGGAGGUUCGAGCAGCACCAGACAGCGACACCGUCGGAGUCAAGGUUGAGUCUGAUCUGCUCUCCACGGGUGCUCUCGGCUUGUUCUUUGACUUUCCAUAUUCAGAUCGCAACAAGUUUGAUGCUCCUUUCGUUGGAGUUUGGAAUGCCACGAGCAACCACUCGACAUCCCUCGAAAGUGCGGACAACCAGGCCGUGAUCACACAUACACUGGACGACAAUAGCUACUAUAUGGUGGCACAAUGGGCUGGCAACGGCAAGGUCACGGCACCAGAGGAUGGCACUCAUCGAUAUGUCCUUACCCCCUGUGGAUCAGGAAAGCUGGAUGUGACUGUAGGCUUCUCUCCAGAUGGAAUGACCGCCCAGGCUGCUCCUGACGACUUGAGAAGCGAGUCGAGCCUUUGGUGGGAGUCGUAUUGGAACUCAGGGGCUUUCAUAGAUCUGACAUCUACCAAUUCGGCAAACGCCACCGAGUUACAGCGACGAAUUAUUCUGUCUCAGUACCUCCUGGCCGUCAAUUCAGCAUCUUCAUUCCCGCCACAGGAAUCAGGGCUUGUCAACAACGGCUGGUACGGCAAAUUCCAUCUUGAGAUGGUAUUUUGGCAUCUCAUACAAUUUGCCCGCUGGAACCACUUUGACCUGAUGUCGAGAAGCAUGCCGAAUAUGUACGCCCAGUUCCUCCCUUCUUCGGUCGAGAGGGCUGCCGAACAGGGGUACAAAGGCGCACGCUGGGGCAAGAUGACAGACCCCAGCGGGCGAAGCGCACCGGGGGAGAUCAAUUCUCUACUUAUUUGGCAACAACCUCAUCCUAUGUACUUCGCCGAGGUGGAAUACCGCUCCUUUCCCAAUGACACGACUCUGGAGAGGUGGGAUGAGAUCCUCACAGCGUCAGCCGACUUCAUGGCCUCUUUUCCCUGGCUGGAUAACUCAACCGGCAUGUACAACCUUGGACCGCCGAUGUACCCCGUCUCGGAAAAUACGAAUCCAAAUGCAACAAUUAACCCGACUUUCGAGCUUGCAUACUGGCGAUUUGGACUUGACGUUGCUAUCACAUGGAAAGAACGCCAGGGGCAACCCGUUCCAGAGGAUUGGGUUACCAUCAGGGACAAGCUUGCACCUUUGCCAGUGGUGGACGACACUUACCCCGUGUACGAAGGUAUUCCCAACAUGUGGAGCGAUAAUGCAACUACAAAUGAUCACCCAGCAAUGGCUGGCAUCUAUGGCUGGCUGCCGCCUCCCGCGAGCGGGCCAGCCUUGAACCUGACAACCGUCCAAAACACAGCCGACAAGAUACUAGAGGUUUGGGACUUGGAAGAAUCAUAUGGCUGGGAUUUCUCUCUGCUGGCUAUGAACUCUUUGAGACUUGGCGAUGUGCAACAGGCCGUGGCCUAUCUUCUCCAUCCUGUUUUCCAGUUUGACGAUGCAGGAUAUCCCGUGGGAGGCUCUCGUGUUCCAACGCCUUACUUUCCCAAUUCUGCAUCCCUACUGCUUGCGACAUCUAUGAUGGCAGGAGGAUGGGACGAAGAGCCGGGCCCGCAUUUCCCGGAUGACUGGGAUGUCAGAGUUGAGGGAUUCACUCCUGGAUUAUAG